AUGCCCUUUCGGGAUCCACUGCGCCCAUUAGUGUUGGGUGGCGACCACUCAAUAUCGUAUCCUGUUGUAAGAGCUGUCUCCGAGAAGCUUGUGGGACCUGUGGAUAUCUAUAAGGCCUUUGAAGGAGGCAGAGUGGCUCAUGUACAGUAUGCAAAUGAACGUAGUCCCAUGGAGUGUGAAGCUUUUGAUUCAAGAUAUUUGGCAGUUACUAGUUAG